UCUGUUUAUUUUGGGUGCUCGUCUUCCAGGAAUAAAGACACGAUUCUCUCCGCCGGCGUGAUUCCAAUGCUAGAAAAGAUGAUGUCCAACCACACAACCCGCGAGUCAGCCACCGCACUAUUCUUGAACCUCUCCUGCCUCGAUCGAGCGAAACCCAUUAUUUCUUCAAGCCAAGCCGUUCCAAUUCUCGUCCAGCUCCUAUCUCCAGAAUCCCCCCACAGCACCUCCUGCAAGCAUGACGCCCUAUUUUGUCUCUUCAACCUCUCCUCCCAUGCUCCUACCGUAAACCAUCUCAUCAACGCGGGCAUCAUCGACGCUCUCCAUUUCCUCAUCUCCAACACCGAAACACCUACAGGCCGCACCUGGUCCGAGAAAGCUCUCGCCAUUCUCUCAAGCAUUGCUUCAUCGCAGUCGGCCAUGGAGUGCAUAGUCUCAAUACCAGGGCUGAUUAGUUCGAUAGCAACGGCGCUGAAUAUAGGGCGGCCGCCGGUGCAGGAGCAGGCCGUGUCCUGCUUGCUGAUUAUCUGUGCUGGAGAUGAGAGGUCGUGCCAAACAGUUUUGCACGAAGGGGUAAUUCCAGCACUGGUAUCAGUUUCAGCAAAUGGGACGAAAAGGGGAAAGGAGAAAGCGCAGAGGCUCCUGAAGCUCUUCAGAGAGCAGCGACGGCGAGAAUCGUCGCCUUCGAGAGAGUGUGUUGGAGAUAAGGAGGCUUCACAGGAGCGCAAGCCUUUGGCGAAAUCAAGGCCGGCGAGGAUUGCGAGGACAAUGAGCUCGUUUUGGAAGUGCAGGCGCCGCUGCUAGAUGGAGG